GGAUCUCGGCUACCAGCAAUUGGGAUGAAAGUGAUAGAAAACACGAAACUGUUCUCGCCUUACUUUCCGUUCCUGGGCUCACAAGUACAUUUAUGUUUUCAUUCCAAAUACAGCUACAAUGAUGUAUCGAGUUUCUCGCACUGUCACCACGUGUUUCCGCAAGAAGCCUCUGCGGAUUAAUAUCCAAUACCGCUCAUUCACCAAAUUUGACUCAUUUGGAGAUACCCCCAUUCCUGCUUCUAAACAGCGUUUUGUCCCAACAUCUGGCACCUACCCCAAAGGAUUCUUAGUUGGUAGUACAAAUGUCGGAAUUAAACCAUCGGGUUUAUCACAGCCAGACUUGGUUUUAGUGACGAGCGAGGAGCAAUGGGAGACAUGUGGCGCUGCUGUUCUUACAAAGAAUGAAUUCCCAGCUCCUAGUGUACUUGUUACUAGGGAGUUAAUAAAAGAAAGUCGCGGAAGGGGGGUGAGAGGUGUAGUUGCGAAUUCGUGGUGUGCAAAUUUACUUACGGGUGAGAAAGGGCUAGAGGAUUCGAGAAAGAUGAGUAAGGAGGCGGGAAUGGUUUUGGAAGAGGGGAGCACGAAGGGGAAAGACCCGGUAAUGGUGAUGCAUACAGGCAAGUUGGUAUUCUGGAGGAUUACUCACCUUCAUCGCCCUAAAUAGUGAACUACGAAAUACCUGCAUCCUUCAGUUCCUUCCUAUACAUGAAAACAAUGAACUAACAGAAUUACUCGGACCUAGGUAUGGGUGGCCAGCGACUACCUAUUGAUGACAUCAUCCAAGGCUUCCCAAAACUCCAUCAGAAUAUGGGCACCGCUCAUAAUCACUGGCUACAAGCCGCCAGGGGCAUCUGUACAACUGACACCUUCCCUAAACUUUCGUCCCGCACCUUCACUCUCCCAUCUUUACCAAACACCAAAUUCUCUAUCGCGGGCAUCACUAAAGGCGCUGGAAUGAUCCAUCCAAACAUGGCUACCACACUUGGUAUAAUUUGCACCGAUGCGCCCAUUACACCUUCUGCUCUUCAACAACUCUUAAGCACGGCAGCUGAUAAGAGUUAUAAUUGCAUCUCUAUCGAGGGAGACACAAGCACUAAUGAUAUGGUCACUAUGUUCGCAAAUGGUGCGGCUGCACCUACACAUUCUCCAAUUGACUUCGAUAUAUUGGCGGCAUCCCAAUCCGCAGAUUUCAUUGCUUUCCAAAGAAUUCUCAUUGAGUUCAUGGCUGAUCUCGCAAAGCUGGUAGUAAGGGAUGGAGAAGGCGCAACUAAAUUUAUUACAAUACGAGUACGAGGCGCGCCAACCUACCCAGCAGGCAAACACAUUGCAUCUGUUAUCGCGCGUUCUGUCCUUUUCAAAAUGGGGGUCUAUGGCAAAGAUCCAAAUCCUAUAGGUGUCUUGGCUGCUUUAGGUUACUCGUUGAUGGAUACGGAGUUUGCUGGCAAGGGGAUCAUCAAUCGCGAAUUAACAUCUGUAAGUUUUGUGCCGGCUGAUGGUGCUGAGGAAUUGAAUUUUGUGAAACGGGGAAAACUGAUGGAGGUUGAUGAGUUGAGGGUUAAAGAACUUAUGGAAAAAGAGGACGUGGAAGUGGUGGUGGAUUUGAGGGAUGAUGGGAGUGGAAACGGAGAGGAAGCUAUUUAUUGGACGUGUGAUAUCACGCAUGAAUUUGUUACAAUAAAUGGAGAUUUCAGGAAUUAGACGAAAUAUUGCGGGUGAAGUUCUCUACACAUUUUUUGGCUUCGAUCCGAGCUCGCCAUGUCGAAGCAAAAAAUUCCAAAAAGAUUCGAACUUGGAAGAGAACUGUUUAAGACGCUAGUAAUGCCAUUGAAUACA